AUGUCGUCGCAACCACUACUACAGACCGCGCCAGGCAAACGUAUCGCCCUCCCCACCCGCGUCGAGCCCAAAGUCUUCUUCGCCAACGAACGCACCUUCCUCUCAUGGCUCAACUUCACCGUAAUCCUCGGCGGCCUGGCCAUGGGCCUGCUUAACUUUGGCGAUCGCGUAGGCCAGAUCAGCGCAGUUCUCUUCACACUGGUAGCGGUAGCGGCCAUGAUAUAUGCGCUGGUGACGUUCCAUUGGAGGGCUAAGAGCAUUCGAAUGAGAGGACAAGGAGGCUUCGACGAUAGGUUCGGACCUACGGUUCUGGCGAUCGCGCUUCUGGCUGCGGUUGUGGUCAACUUUGUGCUGAGGUUCACGGGAACGGCCUAA